UCUACUCCGUACUAAAGUAAACCAAAAUCGAUCUCCAAUUGUAGCUAGCUUCAAGUUGUAUGGGUGAUCAACAUACAAUCAAAACAAUAAUAAUCCAAUCCCGCAUUUUUACUACAUCAACAACAGAUUAUAAAACGCAAAUCUUGUACUUCAUUUCGUAAAACGAAGUUUUUUAACAAAUAUCGCAUCAAAGUUGCAAAUUUUUGUAAAUAAUGGCGACACACUCAUAUGCUUCUUGCAUUUGCUAUGCAGCCUUCAUUUUCUUGGUGAUUUCCGAAGGAAUAUUAGGAAGUACAUUCACUUUUAAAAACAAGUGCAAUUACAUAGUAUGGCCAGGGCUCUUAUCAAGUGCAGGCAGCACCCCAUUAGAUAGCACCGGGUUUGAACUCGGCCCGGGUGACUCACGUUCUUUCCAAGCCUCACCGGGUUGGUCAGGUCGAUUUUGGGGCAGAACUGGGUGCACUUUUGAUUCAACAGGUCAAGGAAGUUGUGCAACCGCAGACUGUGGGUCCAAUCAAAUAUCUUGCAAUGGGGCCGGUGCGACCCCACCAGCAACUCUAGCAGAGUUUACAAUCGGGUCAUCAAAUAAUCCUCAGGAUUUCUACGACGUGAGCCUAGUGGACGGAUAUAACUUGCCAAUGGCGGUGGAUGCAAAUGGUGGGACCGGUGAAUGUGGAACGACAGGAUGUGUGACUGAUUUGAACCGAAUGUGUCCAGCUGAGUUACGGGCUAUAGAUGGGCAAGCGUGCAAAAGUGCGUGUGAGGCUUUUGGGAAUCCGGAAUAUUGUUGUAGCGGGUCGUUUGGAUCGCCAGAUACUUGUCGCCCAUCGGUGUAUUCACAAGUGUUUAAAUCGGCUUGCCCGAGAUCAUAUAGUUAUGCUUAUGAUGAUGCUACAAGUACAUUUACAUGUACCGGUGCGGAUUACACCAUUACAUUUUGUCCUACAUCAACAAGCCAAAAAUCAUCGAAUGAUCCAUCGGUACCAACGACAGCAGGAACCGGCACGGCAAAUGCUUCACCAAUCUUUACAAGAGCACCUGAACCCGAAGAUGAUCCAAACGGGCCAUCAUGGCUGCCAAGUUUUGCAAUUGGAGGAACAUCAACGCUAAUUUCCGAUUAUGCCCUCACAUUGACAUUGAUUUCAUUUAUUUUUCUUUGUUUCUUUCAAUUAUGAGACUGAAAAUAAUUUGAUUCAAGCGAGAAUUGUAAUUAUAUAACUGAGCAAUUUUGUAUA